CGAAGCGCAUGGACGGGCUGCGUGCCGUGGACGUGAUGACGGUCCUGCACGAGAAGGUGGCGUACCUGUCCGGGGGGCGCGACCAGAGAUCCGGUCCCAUCCUAACCUUUCCUGCCAGUACCCGCAGGGAACGUCUCAAGCAUGACGACUACCGUCCCUUAAUCCAGUACCUCAUGCAGAUACCGAGUGACGAAGUACGUGAAAUAGGCUUCACAGUGAUAAUUGACAUGCGGGGAUCCACCUGGAACACGGUCAAACCCAUCCUGAAGGAGCUCCACGAAAGCUUUGCGCAACAUAUUUAUAUAGUCCAUAUAGUCAAGCCAGACAACUUCUGGCAAAAGCAACGAACCAGUAUAGGAAGUCAUAAGUACAAGACAAAUUUAAUCAGCGUGGAAACUUUAGCCAAAACGAUAGACCCGAGCCAGCUGACGAGCGACUUCGAAGGCACGCUCCCUUACGACCACAACACGUGGAUUGAACUGCGGUUAGCGAUCGAGGACUUCACGUGGCAGGCCAAUGAGCUCGUCGACCAGCUGGAGGAUGUCAGGGACGAGCUUCAGCAGAGCGACUUCGCGGACGACGUCAGCGGCGCCAAGCGGGCCAUCGAGCGACACAAAGAGAUGCAUCAGAAAGUUACCGGUAGUUUAGUGCACGACUUGGAUAUGCUGGGUCAGAGACUUUUACAAAGAUUAAACUGUGAUGAAGGCAACGGCUACGACUCGGGAUAUUCCGGCCGAGACAGCGCGUCCAGCCUGAUACUCAACAAUCCCGAUUUCCAAAACAGUAUUCCACAGAUUCUAAAUUUGACGGAGUCGGUCCACCAGGCGCAGCAGCACGUUCAGCAGCUGUGGCAGCACAAGAAGAUGAGGCUUGACCAGUGCUUCCAGCUCAGACUCUUUGAACAGGACGUCGAGAAGAUGUUUGAUUGGGUGUACCACAACCGUGAAGAGUUCCUAGUCAACUACGUAGAAAUAGGUCAUUCUUACCAAGUAUCCAAAGAUCUUCAGGAGGCUCAUUCUCAAUUCACCGUUGCCUGUCAGAAAGUGUAUAUGAACAUCAAUAGAAUACUUAGUGUGGCAUCAAGACUCAUGGAAAGUGGUCACUAUGCAGCCCAACACAUCGGCAAUGUAGCGUCUAAACUGGAUCAGGUUUGGAAAGAAUUUGCUGCAGGUCUGGAUGAAAGAUCAUCUGUGUUAGCUCUCUCGGUCAUGUUUCACCAGAAAGCAGAACAGUAUAUUGAAAGUGUGCCAACAUGGGUCGACAACUGCAAACUGACGGCAUUACCUUCCGACAUCCAUACAUUGGAAUCCUCAAUCCACCACCACCAGUCACUCUAUGAGACCAUGUGCCAGGCAUACACCGAGGUUCACAGUACCAGCAAGAAACUCCUCUACCAGCUAGACCACCUGGUGCAAAUUUGUAGCCAGCUGAGGCGCGAUGGCCAAAUGCGCAGCAAGCACAAGAAGCCCCGGGGAAAGCCAUCAGCCUAUUCUGUGACGCCCGACGGCAAGGUGGUGUAUCGAGGGGGACCACAGCAGCAACGUGGCCCGGGGACGAGUGGAAAUCCAGCCGCCGAUUACUCUGAAGGUGCUAGUCAUGUCCUGGCGGUCAUUCAUGAAAUCUUGGCACACCACCGAGCUGUGGAGCAGAGGUGGUCAGCCAAGAAGCUCAAGCUACACCAAAGAUUGGCACUCAGGCUGUUUCAGGAAGAUGUCAAGCAGGUGCUGGAUUGGUUGCAGACCCAUGGCGAGGUAUUCUUGCGGAAAAACCCUGGCAUUGGACGUAACAUUGCAAAAGCCAGAAUGUAUCAGAAGAGUCAUGAGCACUUUGAAAACGUUGCCCAGAAUACUUACACGAAUGCAGAGAAAUUGUUGCAAGCAGCAGAAGAGCUUGCACAUACAGGAGAAUGCAAUCCGGAAGAGAUAUAUAGUGUGGCCCAAACACUUGACUCACACAUUGCCAGCUUUGCAGCAAGGGUCCAGCAGCGACAUCGGCUGCUCAACAUGGCUGUCUUGUUUUAUACUCAUGAGAAGGAGCUUUUAUCAUGGCUGGAGGAGCUGAGUACAGAACUAGAGAGUGAAGAAGGUGUUGACGAGUCUGCAGAUUCGGUGGAGGCUUCUGAAAGGAUGUUGGCUCAGAUGACCACACAGCAAGACUCCACUC